AUGACAAAAGUUAAUAAACCUCCCACAACGGCCAAUCCUAACAUUAAGUUAAAGAGACCCAAUUCGAAAGAAGAGGAGGAUUUCAACCAACCGGUAAAAAAAACAGUGAUCGCAAAAAACAUAAAGGUUGUAAAAAAACCUGAAGAUAUAAAUACAACUCCAAAAAAAGUAGAAAAUGAAAGUGCAGAAAAAGUUCAAACAGAUAAUGACCAAGCAAAAAAAGAAGUAAAUAAUGUGGAGAAUAAAUCCAAAAAUACAACAACUGAUAGUAGUAAAGCAAAAACGAACGCAGAUAAUAAUUCACAAAAAAAUGACACAGAUACCAGUGGAGGAGGUGUGCACCUUGGAUAUUUUUCAUGGUUAUGGAGAUAUUUUCCCACGAAAAAAACAUAA